GCUGGCAUGGCCUGGAUGAAAGGAUUGGUGUUUUCAUGGUUUUUGGGACCUCAAAAUUUGUAACAUUGUAGUGUGCGUGUACGAUCGGUCGAUACUCAUUACUCAACAUUAGUAUCGCGGCACCAGAAUGAGUGACGAUGAAAUCCCCGCUAUUGUCAUAGACAAUGGCUCGUGUAUGUGCAAGUCCGGUUUCGCCGGUGACGACGCACCCAGAGCGGAGUUCAGGACGGUUGUCGGCCGUCCCAAACCGCCUAUUGUUAUGGUGGGCCUCAAUUUGAAAGAUAACUACAUUGGAGAGGAGGCGCUGGCGAAGCGGGGAAUACUGUUCCUCAAGUAUCCCAUUGAACAUGGUAUCGUCAACAACUGGGAUGAUAUGGAGAAGAUCUGGCAUCAUACGUUCUACAAUGAGUUGCGUGUUGCGCCCGAAAAGCAUCCAGUAUUGCUCACCGAGGCUCCAUUGAACCCCAAGACCAACAGGGAGAAGAUGACACAGAUCAUGUUCGAGACAUUCGACGUGCCCGCCAUGUAUGUAUCCAACAAGGCGGUUCUUUCUCUCUACUCGUCUGGCCGCACCACGGGGAUAGUCAUGGACUCUGGUGACGGUGCGUCGUACGCUGUACCCAUUUAUGAAGGCCACUCCCUUCCCCAGCUGAGCUCCAAGAUCGACAUAGCGGGCAGAGAUAUCACUGAAUACUUAAUGCGGAUUCAAAUGGAACGUGGUUUACCGCGCACGACAAGAGACGGCCGUGAAAUCGCCCAUGACAUCAAGGAGAAGCUUGCCUACGUUGCCCUGGACUUUGAGCAGGAGAUGGCCACGGUGUCUUCCAGCUCCACGCUGCAGAAGAGCUAUGAGCUGCCGGAUGGCCAUAUUAUAACAGUCGGCGAUGAGCGUUUCCGCAGCCCUGAAGUUCUCUUCAAGCCAUCCUUACUGGGCACGGAGCAGGCUGGAAUCCACGAGGAGAUCUACAAUAGUAUCAUGAAGUGUGACGUGGACAUCCGCAAGGACCUCUACUCCAGUAUUGUCUUGUCUGGCGGUAGUACCAUGUUUCCGGGUUUCGCUGAACGGGUGCAAAAGGAAAUGUCAGCCCUCGCACCCAGCUCCAUGGACGUGAAGAUCAUUGCGCCAGCGGACAGGAAGCACGAUGUGUGGAACGGUGGCUGCAUUACGGCCAGGCGUUCUACCUUUCAGAAGAUGUGUGUCUCCAAGGAGGAGUAUGCCGAACACGGAGCCAGCAUUGUGCAUCAGAAAUGCUUUGAGGACCGAAAGCAGGCCAUCGAAUGAACAGGUUCUGCCACAGUCUAUCAAUUAUUUUGCACUUCCGCUAUCGUGAGAAUGUACGAUUGAGACGUACUGCAGUUGAAACAAGCUCACGGUUCGCGUGCAUGAGACUCAGUGGAAAUGUAUAGAGCCUGUGCGGUUCCAUCAUCCGUUGAGAGCUGUGGCAAAGUCACGGCUCGGUGAUGCGCUAGGCCAAGCGAAACUGUAGACUCACUCUGUGCUUAGCUAGUUAGCUCCCGUAUUAAAGCGGUUACACCAACCAGCUCUGCAUACAAAUGUACUUUGUGUCACUAAGCGUUUCCGCUAGUUCACCGCCAUGGUAUCAUUUGCAUGCUAGUAACCUCUAUACUAUAACAUCUUUUCAUCCCGCACGCGACCUUUAGGAGGACAAUUACAUUUGUAAAUUACAGGAGUGUUGGCGUUACAGCACUUUACCAAGCAUAGAAGAAGAACAGUAUAUUGAACUGGAAUCAUCUUUCAGACAUUGCCAGUUGCCUCUGGCACUUGAGUAUAGCGGCUGUACAGAUCUGCAGUCACAUUGAGCCAUGUACACCUCAUCAUUUAUCACAUUCAAUGUUGUUGUUUUUGUGAAUCCUUCCCCCAGAAGCAAAUGCCUGUUUCGAUGCAUCAUGUAACUACUGUAGCCGGCGU